CACAUGCAGGUAACUUUUAGGCGAUGCCGAGCUCCUUUCCUCGACCCUCCUUCUGCUCCAUCUUGUAAGCAGACAUGGAAGCAGCAGCAGACGAGGAGAGGCCCCUGCUACAUCUGCAACCGCUGCUUAAUCAGGAUGUAGGUUCAGAAUACACCAGCGAUGGAUCUGUUGACAUCAACAAUCAGCCUGCUCUGAAGCACAACACAGGCAAUUGGAGGGCGUGCUACAUGAUUUUAGGCGUCGAGUUUUGCGAAUGCAUCGCCUUCUUUGCAAUCGCGUCCAACUUGGUGACCUACCUCACCACGGUGCUCCACGAAAGCAAGGUCGCCGCCGCGCGGGAUGUCUCUGCCUGGGUUGGCGCAUGCUUCCUCGCGCCACUUAUUGGGGCCUUCUUGGCUGACACAUAUCUGGGAAGAUACUGGACGAUGGUUGUUUCCCUUUCGGUCUACACCAUUGGGAUGCUCGUGCUCACGGUCUCAGCAUCAGUCCCGACAUCCUACUACCAUGGUGAUGUUCAUCAUGCUGUGGUGGUGUACCUAGGACUUUAUCUUGCCGGGCUUGGGAGCGCUGGCAUCAAACCCUGCGCGUCGGCCUUCGGUGCCGACCAGUUCGACAGCGGGGACCUGACAGAGCUGGAGAAGAAGGGCUCCUUCUUCAACUGGUACUACUUCCUGCUCAAUCUCGGCUCCCUUCUGUCGAGCACACUGCUUGUUUGGCUGCAGGACAAUGGUUGGUGGGGGCUUAGUUUCGCGAUCCCAACGGUGCUCAUGGCCUUGGGCCUAGCAGCGUUUGUUGGUGGCUCCAGAGUGUACAGGUUCAGGAAACUGAGAGCAAGCCCAUUCACGAGCAUCUGUCAGGUGCUCGUUGCGGCCAUCAGGAAGUGGCAUGUGCAACUGCCAGAUGAUAUAUCGUCCUUGUACGAGCCGACCAGUUCGUCAUCAGCACCUGAAUCAAGUCACAAUAUUCAGCAUACGAAUCAAUUCAGGUUUCUAGACAAGGCUGCCGCGGUGCUGCCCCCGUUAGACAAGACAUGCACGGCGUUGCCGAUGUGUUCAUGGAGUUUCUGCACAGUGACCCAAGUUGAGGAGCUGAAGAUACUGCUACGGAUGUUACCCGUCUGGGCGUCGUUCGUGAUCUUCUACGAAGAUCUUUAUCGCACGUCCAAUGGAGAGUUGGUAUGCGUCGCCAACGUCGCACUCACGUGCUUCGCCGAGAAUGCCCUCACCGACGAGGUUACCUCAUGCUUCGGGGAAAUAUCUAGUACUCCCAUCCUUAAGGUGCUCCCAUGCUCCAAUCCUUGA